AUGAACGACCACAUUGAUGAGUCACCUACAACAACGAAAACAUUUCGUUUUAGUUCAGGUCAACUUUUGACACUAAAUGAAUAUCAAAUUGAAAAAAUUCCAUAUUUGACUGCAUUGGUCUCUGCUGGGCCUAGUUUCGAUUCCAUCAAAGUCGAUGAAGGAUACUAUUUACUCGAUUCUCGCAUUGACUACCAAGAUUUUCUAUUUGUUAUUGAUUCAAUUUCAUUUCAUUCGAUACGACAAAUAUUUACUCAGCUACCUAAAUAUUAUAACAUUUUGGCUAUUAUUGCUCUUUUGGAUUUCCUUGCUAUCCGAUCUGAAAGAAAUCCAACUCUGGAAGAAGUUAAUUUGAGUUUUUUUUGGAAUUUCGAAUUUGGUGAUAAGUUAGAUAUAUAUCAAUUUAUUUGUAGACUAUCUGAUGUUCAAGACAUGGCUGUUCGAUUCGCUAUUGCUAUGGCAAAAGAAGAAUAUGAUUUUAGAAAUCGUCAUGAGAUCGAUCAAAUCUAUUGGUUCAUUAUGUUUAUUCUUAGUGCUCACAAAUUAUUUGAAGCAAAUCUUCGUUAUCAUGUACAUAAAAUUGCCCAAAAUUACUUUUCUAUAUAUUGUCCAUCCUUAUUAGAAUAUUUAAAUCGACUUGAACAGAGAGCAGAAAAAGAAAUAUAUGAAACAUCGAUCAUAACAAGUACUCAUAGUAAUCUUCAUAGAGAAAAUUAUUUUGUGUGGAAUUUGAAUGCGUUCACCAGUGACUGUAAAUUUCAUGUUUGGGAUGUCAAUCGUCAUUUAUGUACUAUACGCCGUUUGGGUUCAUGUUCUGUAUAUACAAGUGAACAUUCAUCAAUAUUUCGAAUAGAAACACCUAAAAAUUAUUUUAUUCGUCCACCACGUGUUCGCAUUAUACCAUUCAAUAAUGAAUUAAUUCGAUGUAUGACUGUUCUAAAAAGUGAAGAUCAAUUAUUAGCUUCUUCGGAUUUAAUUGAAUUUGAAUGGUAUAAAGAAACAAAAACGGAAGGAAUCAUAUCCAUUACUAUUUCAUUAACUCGAUAUUUUAAUUUAUUCAGUGAAACUAAUGAUGAUCUACAAAAACGACGUCGAAAAGCUCAACAAAAAAUUUUCAUACAACGUAAAAAAUUUGAACAAGAAAAAUAUGAUGAAGCUGGUGGUUCAUUAGCUACUACUCCAACAUCAAGUAAUAGGUUAACUUCACCCACAGUUAUGUCACAUUUACCAAGUAUAGCAGCUGUUAUUGAACAAAUUAAAAUGGAUAAUCAAGAACAUCUAAUUAAACCAAAAUUUAGUAUUAAUCGUGAAGACAAUUCACAAUCGAUGUCAUCAAAAAAAUCACCGUUCAAUUGGAAACUAGAUGGAUUUCAAAAUGAAAAUGCUCCAAUUAUAUUACUUGGUUAUAAAAAUCGAAAAUGGAAAAAUUGUAAUAAUUUUGCUACUAUUACACGAACAAUUGAUAAAGAUAUUUACAUAAUUACUUUAACAACAUUACUUGAUCGAAUUAUUCUUAUUCGUUGUUGGCCAGAAUCGAGUAAUGAAGGAAAGUUUGAUAAGUUAGCUGAGAAUCUUUGGUCAUUAACAUCAGCUAAAUUAUUUUCUUGUGUUUUGGCACGGAAUUCAUCAUCUAUCAAUUCAUUUGGUCAUUAUGCUCUCAUGAUUGUACCAAUACAAGCACAACGAUUAGCCGAAGAAAUUCUUCGCAAACGAAACUAUACAGAAUAUAUCUUUGAUGAUGAACAAUUAAUCUCUGAUAGUAAUAGCAAAACACGUUUAUCAAAAAUCAAUCAAUAUCAAUCACAUCAUACAUUAUCAGCUAGAUCUUCAUUGCCUAGUGUUUCAAAAUAUGUUCAAUUUUGUCUAUCCGAAGGAACUUAUGUGAGAAUUAUACCCAUGGGUAAUAUUGACGUACAUGAAAAAGUUGAUUUAAGUUUUCGAUUACAUGCUCGUUAUCCUGUUGUCAUUGAAUUUGAUAUUUAUCCAAUUGAUAUUUAUCGUCAAAAGACUGAUGAUGAUUUUAUCGGCACACUCAAUAUCUAUGAAAUAAAUGCACAAAGUAUCACACUUGAAUCGACGAGUAGUACACUUACAGCGGCUGCUGUUUCCUCGAGAACAUCAGCUGGUUCAAAAGAUUUUGAAAUAUUUGAUGGUUUACUAAAUAAUUCAUCUCCACGAAUGUCUGCAAGUGGACCUGAAACAAUAAGUAAUGCUGGUGGUGCUGGUGGUCGAUCUGGUUUUGAACGGUUGACAGCUCGUAAUCUUAAUGAAAAAAAUAUUGUGUGUGCAAUUCGUAUUCGUCUACCUAAAGCUGCUUUUCAGUUACCACCUACACAGUCAAAUAUAAUACCAGUUAUUGUGCCGAAUUUUUUUACGGGAAUCAUGGAAGCAUUAACUGAGGAUAAACGUGAGCUUGCCGAAGCUCUUAAUAUACAUCCGUCUUUGAUGAAUCCUCUUGUAACUUCUCUAACAUCACAAAAACAGCAACGACAUAUUCAUUCUCAAUCAAAUACAUCCUUAUAUGGAAAUUCUAAAACAAAUUUAUUGCGAGACCAUAAUAUAAAACUAGAACAGACAAAACUUGAAAAUGAAACAUUAUUAAAAUGGUUAAAACGACAAAAUGCAUUUAAAAUAAAUCAAACUAUAGACAAUAUUAUUUCAGCAUUGAUACAUAUUGGGCGUGUUGAUUUAGCUUAUAUGUUCAAAAUUGACAAUUUAAGAUAUAAAUGUCAAAGUCAAUAA